AAGAGAACUCUAUUUUCUGGAGCAUGUGUGACUGUGCGUGUUUCGGAGAAACUUUUUUAUUUUCUGUUUCCCUCUUGUUACGUUUUCCAGUCAACCAAACAGAAAAAAUAAUCUUGAUACGGGCUUCUGGAAAAUGCGAUCUGAAAAUUACUGAGACCAGAGACGACGAUUGAAGUUUUCUUAGGGUUUCUAACGUAAUUUAGGAUGGCUUCGAUCUUGUUUAAGCUAGGAUUAUUCUUAUGCGUCUUUUGCCUUGCUUUGUCUCCCUCCCAAUCCGCAGUUUUAAGCAUAGAUCUAGGUUCAGAAUGGGUGAAAGUUGCGGUUGUGAAUCUGAAACCUGGACAGAGCCCAAUUUCUAUCGCAAUCAAUGAGAUGUCGAAGCGGAAGUCUCCGGCCAUUGUGGCAUUCCAAUCUGGGGAUCGUCUUCUAGGUGAAGAAGCCGCAGGGCUAGUCGCCCGGUAUCCUGAUAAAGUCUUUUCCCAAAUUAGGGACUUGAUUGGGAAACCUUUUAGCCAUACGAAGGCGGCUAUAGAUUCAUUAUACUUACCAUUUGAUAUUAAGGAAGACUCCAGGGGAACUGCGAGUUUCAAAAUUGAUGACAAUGUUGGUAGUUUCUCUGUUGAGGAAUUAGUGGCAAUGGUUUUGAGUUAUGCUGCUAAUUUAGCAGAGUUUCAUGCGAAAGUUCCUGUAAAGGAUGCUGUAAUUACAGUGCCACCAUAUUUUGGCCAAGCCGAGCGAAAAGGGUUGGUUCAGGCAGCUCAGUUGGCUGGGAUUAAUGUUCUUUCAUUGUUAAAUGAGCAUUCUGGUGCUGCUUUGCAGUAUGGAAUUGACAAAGAUUUCUCAAACGAAUCGAGACAUGUUAUUUUCUAUGAUAUGGGAUCAAGCAGUACUUAUGCAGCCCUUGUGUAUUUCUCAGCGUACAAGUCCAAAGAGUUUGGGAAAACUGUCUCGGUUAACCAGUUUCAGGUCAAAGAUGUCAGAUGGAAUCCAGAACUUGGCGGUCAAAAUAUGGAGUUAAGAUUGGUUGAAUACUUUGCAGAUGAGUUUAAUAAACAGGUUGGCAAUGGAGUUGACGUGAGGAAGUUUCCCAAGGCAAUGGCUAAACUGAAGAAGCAGGUCAAACGAACAAAGGAAAUUCUAAGUGCUAACACGAUGGCACCAAUAUCAGUAGAAUCACUCUAUGAUGAUCGAGACUUCAGGAGCACCGUAUCUCGUGAGAAGUUUGAAGAGCUCUGUCAGGAUCUGUGGGAACAAUCUCUUAUCCCUGUGAAAGAUGUUCUUAAGCAUUCUGGUCUAACUGUUGAUGAGAUAUAUGCAGUGGAGUUGAUAGGAGGUGCUACAAGAGUGCCAAAAUUGCAGGCCAAGCUUCAGGAUUUUCUUGGAAGGAAAGACUUGGAUAGACAUCUUGAUGCCGAUGAAGCUAUAGUUCUGGGUGCAGCACUGCAUGCUGCAAAUUUAAGUGAUGGAAUCAAGUUGAAUCGCAAGCUUGGGAUGGUUGAUGGUUCUCCCUACGAGUUUGUAGUUGAGUUAGAUGGCCCUGGGCUUUUGAAAGAUGAAAGUACUAGACAAUUACUGGUACAGAGAAUGAAAAAAAUACCCAGCAAGAUGUUCAGAUCCAUUGUUCAUGACAAAGAUUUUGAAGUUUCACUCGCUUAUGGGAGUGAAAGUCUUCUACCACCUGGAGUGACCUCUCCAAUUGUUGCUCAGUAUGAUCUGUCUGGUCUGACAGAUGCUAAUGAAAAGUAUGCUUCUCGGAAUUUGUCAUCCCCCAUUAAGGCAAAUCUGCAUUUCUCUCUGAGUAGAAGUGGAAUUUUGUCUUUGGAUCGGGCAGAUGCUGUUAUUGAAAUAACUGAGUGGGUAGAAGUUCCUAAGAAGAAUGUGACAGUUGAGAACUCAACUAUUGCUUCUGCCAACAUAUCUCUUGAAGUUGGUGCUAAAAACACUUCAGAAGAAAGCAGUGCCAAUUCACAUGAUGAUGCAGGCACUAAUAAUGCAGGCACUAAUAAUGCUUCAACAAACUCUGGUGAAGAACAGAGUGCUACAGAUACUGGUACUGAAAAAAAGCUAAAAAAGAGAACUUUCAGGAUUCCAUUGAAGAUUAUUGAGAAGACAGUGGGUCCUGCAAUGUCUCUUUCAAAAGCUUCCUUUGCUGAAGCUAAAAGUAAACUAGAAGCAUUAGAGAAAAAGGAUGCAGAGCGAAGAAAAACUGCAGAGUUGAAAAAUAAUUUGGAAGCAUACAUAUACAAUACAAAAGACAAGCUUGAAACAUCCGAGGAGGUUCAAAAGAUUUCUACUGAUGAUGAGCGUAAAUCUUUCGUUGAAAAGCUUGAUGAGGUUCAAGAGUGGCUAUAUAUGGAUGGUGAAGAUGCUUCUGCCAAAGAGUUUCAGGAACACCUUGAUAUGUUAAAAGCUAUUGGCGAUCCAAUGUUUUUCAGAUUGAAAGAGCUUACAGCCCGGCCAGAAGCUGUUAAACAUGCAAGAAGUUACCUUGUCGAGCUGCAGCAGAUUGUGCACAAGUGGGAGACUAACAAAUCUUGGCUUCCUAAAGAGAAAAUUGAUGAGGUGUUAAGUGAGGCUGAAAAGUUGAAGACUUGGUUGGAUGAAAAGGAAGCUGAGCAAAUGAAGACUACUGCAUUUAGCAAGCCGGCAUUCACUUCUGAAGAAGUUUAUUUGGAGGUGUACGAUGUGCAAGACAAGGUUGCCAGUGUUAAUAGAAUUCCAAAGCCAAAGCCUAAGAUCCAGAAACCUGCUAAGAUCGAAACAGAUAACAACGAGGAAGAAGCUAAGACUUCGAACACAACUUCUGAAGAGAAAUCUACUCAAAGUAACGAAUCAGCAUCAGAAUCGGAGGGAUCUGAAGAUGAAAAUGUUGACACUGAACCCAAGUCUCAUGAUGAGUUAUGAUCUGACUGAACUACCCUUUUACGUUUGAGUUGAGCAUCUGCCUUUCCAAAUAGUAGUGGUUGAUUGACACUGGUAGAGAUUGUGGAGGAGAUGAAUGCUCUGCACAUGCAGAUGAGUAACAGAGAGUGGACCAUACCUUUAUUUUAAAGUAAGUUAAAAAAAAAAGAAAAGAAAUAGUUGCUAUAAGGACUUUUUAUCCGUGUUAGUUAUAUGCUAUAUACAUAGUUAAGAGGCAACAUGCAGCUAUUUGCCAUUUAGCCUCUCCCUGGAAAUUUUGGUUACUGUUAUUUUUUCAGAAUACAAUCUGAUCAUAGGGAUUUUUGCCUCCAGACUCUAAUUAUAUUUAUUUGGAUAGUUGUAAAGUACACUCAAAAGGAGUUUCCUCUUCAGGCUCGGUCUAUUUUUUAAAUUUAUCUCUUUUUACCUA